UCGGGGAGUAACACAGRAGCCCGGUGACCCGAACCUGCAGCCUUUUUUAUUUUAAUUUUUACUCACUGGAUUAAAAAAAAGAAGCCUCGACCGGGAGGACGGAUGGUCGCGCGGAUGGGCGGCGCGCUUUGAAGUUGGGACACACUACCGAGAGAGACCUCCGGGAGCCCGUUCAUCCCUCCCUCCCCACCCCCUGAAGGCGGCGGCGGCACCGGGAGGCUGUGCACGCGGACCCCCACCAUGAAGCUGCCCGUGCUGCUGGCGCUCGCGGCGCUGCUCGCCCGCGGCUCCACGCAGGGACAGACGUGGUCUCCACCCAUCGAUGACGAGGGCUCGACGACGGACGACUUUUACGAUGACGAGGACCUCUACUCGGGCUCCGGCUCUGGCGCUCUUCCAGUUCCUGACAUCAGCAUCAGGCCGACGUCCGUGCGCGUGGCUUUCACCACAGAGGAGACUCUCCUCCUCUCGACCACGCAGGCAACGAGCCCCGCCCCCUCGGCCCCGCCCGCGGCCGAGCCCAGCCCCAGUCCGAGCCCCGAGGACCCCGCCACCACCCCGCUGCCCACCGAGGCCGACGGGGAGAGCGGAGCCUUCUUCGAGAAGGAGCUGGAGAUCCAGCGAGAGAAGGAGCUGGAGCUGGAGAGGGAGAAGCAGAGGGAGAUGGAGAGAGAGAGGGAGCGGGAGAGGGUCCGCGAGCUGGAGCGGGAACGGGAGCGGGAGCGAGAACGAGAACGUGAGAGGGAGCGGGAGAGAGAACGGGAGAAGGAACGGGAAAGGCAGAGGGAGCUGGAGCGUCUCCGGGCUGCUCAGACCACCGCCGCCCCUCGCUCGCCUGCCGUCUUCCCCGCGGUGACCACCAACCAGGCUGCCAGCACCGCCGAAAGCCCAGGAGUCUCUGCCGGAUUCGAUGACCUGAGCACCACAGAGGAGGAGGAGGAGGAGGACAUGUACCUGCCRCCAGAGUCCACCUCCUUUUACUCCGAAACCACCGCAACAGGAGAUACGUCCACGACAGCAGAGACCACACCUGAGCCCACCACGGCCUCACCCACCACCACCACAGCAUCGACCACCAUCAGAACCAGGAUCGCCUUUAGGCCCAGGGUCCCCAUAACAGCAGCCACUCAGGCGGUGCCGACGACACGAACGACACGCCCACAGCCGCCCUCAACGACGCAGGAGAACACCAAUGACGUGGGCCCCGCAGGACCGAGCGGAGAUUUCGAGAUCCGAGAUGAUCGGCGCAACGGUGUGGUCCAGGGCGUGAUGCCGGUCGACCCCGAUUUGCUCGGCAACACGGUGGACGGAGGAAGUUCUGCUGCUCAGCUGCCGCAGAAAAACAUCCUGGAGAGAAAAGAGGUCUUAAUAGCUGUGAUAGUUGGAGGCGUGGUGGGCGCCCUGUUCGCCGCCUUCCUGGUGAUGCUGCUGGUGUACCGGAUGAAGAAGAAGGACGAGGGCAGCUACACGCUGGAGGAACCCAAACAGGCCACCGUCACCUACCAGAAACCAGACAAGCAGGAGGAGUUUUACGCGUAACACUCGGAUGCCGAAGAGAGACACGCAGCACACCCCCUCCCCCAGGGCGGGGGGAGAAACGAGAAGAGAGAAAGAUACUCUGAAGCCCUCCCCCCUUCCUCCUCCUCCUCAUUCUCCUCAUCCUCCCCUUCCCCUCCUUAUCUCCUCAUCCCUCGCCUUUCUCUCUGGGGACUUUGUUUUCAAUGAAAUGGGGGACAACAAAAAAAAGAGGACAAAAAAAAUCAAAUAUAUUCAGAAAAAAAAGUUCACGUACACACAGAUGUUUUUAAAGUAMCUGUUGUUAUUAAUAUUCUGCAGAUUUUCUUGUUCUGUAUGUAACGAUAUGAUUAUUUUGUAAGAAAAGCAAAAACAUUCUCCUAAUCUGUGUUCUGCAACAAACACGUGAAAAAAAGGCCUAAAAGAGGAGGAGGAGGAGGAAGAGGAGGAAGGGCGAAGAGGAAGCGGAGAAGCUCAGACGGAGCGCGUCCUGGUUGGCCGUGCAGAGACCAGGGUCAAAGGUGAGAGGAAAGGUUUCUUUUGUGCCUUCCGUCCCUUUGCUGCUCAAAGACAGACGCACACAUGUACACGACGACAUCAACACAACCUACACACGCACACACACACACACCGGUAUCUGCUGGAAGCUGGCUCUGACCUCUCGCUCUGCUCGGCCAACCAGAGAAUGACGCUUCGGUCCUCGCCUCAUUCCUCGGCGUCGUUUAAGACCACCGCGGGCGAACUGUACCGUGUCGUGGACGAGCAGCAAGCCGGCAGCCCCUCUGCUCCUCCAGGCUGUACAAAGACUAGUUAUGGAUAGUAAUAAUAAUCAAUAAUAUAUCAGCAUUCUCUGGGGGCUGGAUGGUGAAUAAUAAGAUAUCAAUAAAACAAUAAUAAUGAUAAUAAUAAUAAUGAAACAGGAGGAUGUGUAUUUAGCAUUUAAAAGAAAAAAAGAAGUUUAUAUGUAAAUAUCAACGUAUCUUUUCUGGCGUCACUAACCAUCUGCAUGAUCAUGAAGCGUUUCUCUUUCAUCACGUCACUUUCAGACGAGCUGUGCUCUUGUCACGUGCACGCACACACUCUUUUACACUCAGCUGCUGAGCUCAUCAUAUCCACCCUCCUCAUCRUCAUCCUCAUCAAUAACUGCUGGGAGCGAAAUCAGGAUGAUUUGUCGGUUUGUGUAAAAAAAAAAA